GGUGCUGACAGAGGAAUACAGCCAAUUAACGUCUUACGAUCGGAAAGGUGGAAGUGUCCCAUCUAUGCGAGAUUAUACAGUAUGCCCCGGAACGGGCCACGGAGCGGGGAGUAUGGCGGUCACACUAUCGUGCCGUGUGUCAUUCCAGAUUUGCGCAAAAGAGGUCAGUAGGAAAAAGGAAGGUAGGGAGGAAUAUUACGCUGCAUUAAGUGCAUUUCCACCGCAUCACCAGAGCCGGGUACACGGAGAAUUGGAGAAUCUGCGCCGUUGACGUGCAUCUGCGAGAAAGUAUCUGCGAGUACCCUCUACAACGGUGAGUGUCGUACUUCCUCAUGCCUCUUGUGGAUCGGC